AUGACUGAAACCCGAACUUUAACUUGUUCCAAAAGAUACGUAGAUGUGAACAUUUCUAAAACAGAUGCUAGUAGAAACUACACGGAUGAUUGUCAUAAUAACAUAAAUGUAUCGUUAGAGGCCUCAAUCAAGAAUCCUGCAGGUCUUAAAGGUUACAAGAGAUACACUCACACAUUUGGUAGCUAUUAUUUAGGUGGUAUAAAUUAUAAUGGAGCAAGACAAGUUGGUAUACCUGUGAGCCUUAAUACUUACUAUAACAAAAAUGUUAUUGUGUACUACCUUGGUUAUGAUGAUGGUAACCUAGUGCCACUUUUGGUUAAACUUACCAAGAGUAGUACUAAUUACGAAUACUAUACAAGAAUCAAUCCUCUUUCAACUUCCGAUCAAUGGACAGAUCAAAAUUUCAGUGUUGAUCAAGAAAGUAAGCUUACUGAAAAACUCCCAGGAAUUAGUAGUCAGUUAACUGAACUUGUUGUACUAAAUCUCACAAAAACUAGUGAAAGCUACUAUGCUAAUGGAGAAGAUAAAGCUCCGGAUGCUAACAAAGAUACUCAGAUAACAGUUGAAGGAUCCGAAUAUGAAAAGGUAUACAAAGAAGUCAUUCACACUCCUAGAAGGUCCCAGAUAAGACUUCUCUCGACUAAAGGUGCUAAUAGCAAAAACAUACCAUUUGAAGAUUCUAAUGUAUAUACUACACCAUACAAUUCUGCUCAUGUUUACUUCUGGGAGGGUGAUUCGGGGCACAUCAAACCAUUGCUCCUUGGAUUAGAAUCAUCUGAAAGUCAUACAUACUUUAAACUUACAAAAGAUUGUAGUAAAUGGGAGAUAAAUAAUUCGGCUAUAUCAGAUCUUAAGGGAGAGCUGGAUAAACAGAAUUGCUAUAAGAACAAGGCCCACGUUAUAGACAUUUCCAAGAACAGUGGCACUAGUAGCUACCAAUGUCUGACAACAGGAUGUACUGUCAGUAUUACUUUUGUCAAUCAUCCUUACACAUAUUACUCCCGAACAUUACAUUCUGUUUUUGAUGAUUCUAUUCGCAGGUUCAAGAAUAAGGAAGCAGAACAGACCGGAAUUAACUCUCCAGAGGGCACUAAUCAGGUCUAUGUAUUUCUCUCUCCUAGCGGGUCCAAUGGAAUUCCACUUCUCAUUCACUACUCAUCUAGCUGGUACCAGAGAACCUCUCUUGACUUAGCCGAAUGGACUGAAGUCCAAGGACCUGAUAAACCAGGAAGUGUAUUUGAGCAAACAAAGAUACUUACACUUCUAAAGGCUAAACUACCUAUUGUUACCAUAAAUGUUGGAUAUACAAACGGUCUUUCCCGAAAUGGAGAUCCUGGUACCUACCCUGAUCCUUCCGGAGAUGGUGAAAAGGAACAAAUUAAAGUUGAAAGAGAGGAUAUAAAUGGCGGUUUCGUUAGUUUUAUUCAUUCUGUUCAGGAUAAACCUUUUGUGGCUAGAGAUGUCAAAUACAAUACCACCUUUCUACAAGGCAUAUCAUCUAGUUUCAUCCUUAACAGUGUAACGGCAUAUUACUCUGUACAAGGAUCUGAUCUUUCGCUUGAUGAUCUUCUAAUGAUUGGCUUGGAGAAGAGGAAUGGUCCCAAUAAGUACUCAUAUUAUGGUAGGAGAAACGGAGGAUCUAAUUGGACUACUAUUCCCAGACAGACUGAGAAACUAGGCUCUCUUCUCACUACUAAACUUGGCCAGUUAAAGGACCAAGUUUAUGCAGAGAAAAAUAAAUCAUCUCAGGGUAAAGCUUCUGGACUUCCUCCUGCAGUGAAGAAUGCACUUGCGGGAACUGCUGGAACACUAAUAACAGUAGGAACUGUUGUUGGUUUAGUAAAGAAGUUUUGGGGUACUAUAGUUACAACCUUAAUUACUUCCAUGUAA